UCCCUGAUGGUUUUUGGGAUCAGUCCCUGAUGGAUUUGGGAUCCAGUCCCUGAUAUUUUGGGGUCCAGUCUCUGAUGUUUUGGGAUCCAGUCCCUGACUCUUUAGGGUCCCAUCCCUGAUGUUUUGGAGUCCAGUCCCUGAUGUUUUGGGGUCCAGUCUCAGAGGGCUUUGAAGGUCCAGCCCCUGAUGGUUUUGGGGUCAAUCCCUGAUGUUUGAGCUCCAGUCCCUGAUGUUUCAGGAUCCAGUCUCUGAUGUUUUGGGCUCCAGCCUCAGAGAGUUUUGGGGUCCCAUCCCUGAUGUUUUGGGCUCCACUCCCUGAUGUUUUGGGGUCCAUUCUCUGAUGUUUUGGGGUCCAGUCCCUGAUGGUUUUGGGGUCCCAUCCCUGACCCUUUGGGCUCCAGUCCCGGAUGUUUUGGGGUCCCAUCCCUGACCCUUUGGGCUCCAGUCCCGGAUGUUUUGGGGUCCCAUCCCUGACCCUUUGGGCUCCAGUCCCGGAUGUUUUGGGGUCCCAUCCUGACUCCUCGGGGUCUCCACGGUGCCGUUCGUGGUUCGGGGGCCCCGCCACGAUCCGGUGGGGUGGUUUGUGGGUGUUUUUGGGGUGCUGUCUCCGCCGUCCCGGGGUCCCCCCUGAGCGGGCGCGGUGCCCCCGCAGUGUCGUUCGUGCUGUCCAGGAUGUCGGGGUGCGGGGGCCCCGCCAAGAGCCGCGUGACGGUGCCGAAGCGGGUGUGGGAGUUCGUGACGCGGGAGCGCGCGGCGCGCCUGGCGCUGCUGGCGCAGGAGGCGCGGGUGCGGAUCCUGGUGGACGGCGAGACCCCCGAGCUGUACGUGCUGCAGCUCUGCGCGACCCCCCCGGACCCCCCCGGCGGGCUCUGCCCCGCCCGCAAAGCGCUCAAGGCGCUGCUCAAGGAGACCGAGAAGGAGCUCAAGAAGCGCAGCGGCAGCAACAACAACAACCACCCGCACGGGCACAACCCGCAGCACAACCCGCAGCACGGCCACGCCGAGGGGCCGGGGGGUCGCGCCGAGCCCCCCGCGGGCGCGGCCGGAGCCCCCCCGGCCCCCGCGGCGGGGCGGGACGAGGAGCCCGAGCGGCAGUGCCCGAUCUGCCUGGGCGAGAUGCGGGGGCCCCGCACGCUCGAGCGCUGCCGCCACGCGUUCUGCGGGGAUUGCAUCGCGCGGGCCCUGCAGGUCCGCUCCGCCUGCCCCGUCUGCGGCCGCUUCUACGGGCAGCUGGUGGGCAACCAGCCCCCCGACGGGCGCAUGCUGGUCACGCGUGACCACCAGCUGCCCCUGCCCGGCUACGAGGCCUUCGGCACCAUCAUCAUCCAGUACGUGUUCCCGCCCGGAGUGCAGGGGGUAGAACACCCCAACCCCGGGGUGCGGUACCCGGGCACCACGCGCGUGGCGUACCUGCCCGACUGCCCCGAGGGGAACAAGGUGCUGGGGCUGUUCCGCAAGGCCUUCGCCCAGCGCCUCACCUUCACCGUGGGCACCUCCCUGACCACCGGCAGGGCCAACGUCAUCACCUGGAACGACAUCCACCACAAGACCAACUGCACCGGCGGCCCGCAGCUGUUCGGGUACCCCGACCCCACGUACCUCGCCCGGGUGCAGGAGGAGCUGCGGGCCAAGGGCAUCACCGAGGACUGAGGGGGGGUGGGGGGACCCCCCGGGCACCGGGACCCCCCAGGGACCCCCCCCGGGCACCGGGACCCCCCUGGAAUGGAGCCCACCCUGUGGGGACCCCCCCAGGCACCGGGACCCCCUGGAGACCCUGUGGGGACCCCUCCUGGGCAACGAAGACCCCCCCAGAGAUGGAGCCCACCGUGUGGGGACCCCCCCAACCACGGGGACCCCCCAAAAAUGGACCCCACCCUGUGGGGACCCCCCCAUCAGUGGGAGCCCCCCAAGAAUGGAGUCCAAGCUGCCGGGACACCCCCAGGCAAGGGGACCCCCCUGGGAGCC